AUGGAGGUGAAUGGCACUGUAGUGGAAUGCCGGCGGGCCGACACGGAUGCCGUUGUGUUCCGCUUUCUCAUACUUGAUGCCCCAUCGCCCAGCAGCGUGCCAACAUACGUGAAGUUACUGCAGCGCCACAACGUCACGCACAUGGUGCGGGCCUGUGGGCCAACGUACAACGCCGAGGCCUUCGCCGCCCACGGGGUGCAAGUGCAUGGAUGGACAUUUGACGACGGCGCCCCGCCCACGCAGGCGGUGAUUGACAAUUGGCUCCAACUGCUCGAGCAGCUGCAGGAUAAAUCCCCGCCAGUUACGAUUGCGGUUCACUGCGUGGCGGGACUCGGCCGGGCGCCUAUUCUUGUGGCCCUCGCGCUGGUGGAGUACGGCGGGAUGCCGGCGCUGGAUGCGGUGGGAUAUGUGCGGGAGCGGCGUAAAGGGGCGAUCAAUCAAGUGCAGUUGAAUUGGCUGAUGCGAUAUAAACCGCGGCAUGAACAAAGAAGUGAGGGGGCUAUAGCGUGUGCAAACUGUGCGUUGAUGUGA